AAUAAUAAUUUCGAUCCCCUACCACAGUCAACAGUUUUUACCUCGUGUGUAUUUGACGUUUUUCACUUUAUCAGUCAUUAAUUUGAUGUCGGCAAGUAAAAAUUAAUUACGUGUACUUUUAACGGAAUGACGUAAUAUUAAGUCCAACUCAGAGGUUAUAGUUGUAUUCUUAUUCGCUGAAUUCUUAUUCGUCCACUAUUUUGACAGCAACUGUAUUUAAUUCGUGUAUCCCAAAGUAAUUGUUAACUUCAUAUCGAAAAAUGAGUGUGCAGUGGACUUUGAUUGCUGGAUUUUUGUACGCCGAGAUUGGGGUCGUGCUGCUUUUGGUAUUGCCCGUAUUUAGCCCACAAAGAUGGAAUAGGCUGUUUAAAUCUCGAUUCUUGCAAGGCAUUCAGCGACAAGCUGGAAUGUACUUCUUAAUAUUGCUGGCAAUCCUGGUACUAUUCCUCCUUGAUGCCAUUCGUGAGAUGAGAAAGUAUUCAAAUCCUGGAGAUGGAGAUGAGCAUCUUCAUCUUGAUAAAGAGAUGCAGGGAAGCAUGAGACUGUUCAGAGCCCAAAGAAACUUCUACAUUUCUGGAUUUGCUCUGUUUUUAUGUCUGGUAAUCAGACGAUUAGUAAUCCUCAUUUCAUCCCAAGCUUCCCUGCUGGCUCAGUCUGAAGCGUCAAUGAGACAAGCACAAAGCGCCACAACCGCAGCGAAGACAUUGUUGGCCCAAAAGGGAGAAACUGAUCAAAAUUCCAAAAAUGAGGACACAAAAGAGAUUUCUACCCUGAAGGCUAAAAUUACCGAAUUAGAGGACGAACUGAAGGCUGCCACGAAAGAUAAAAGCGCGAUCAAGUCGCAGGCCGAUAACUUGGCGAAAGAAUACGAUCGUUUGGCUGAAGAAAACGUUAAACUUCAAAAGAAAAUUACCAUAGGGUCUGGUGACAAGAAAGAUGACUAGGUCGAGGAAUAAGUAAUAACCACUUAUUUACGAAUAUUACUAGCUAAUUUUAGCUUACACAUUUAUUUAUGGUAAUCGGUGUUAACCACAAAAAUAUGUAUUUAUUACACAAUAAAAUUAAUAAAUUGUUA